AUGGCAGUCAAGAGCCCAUCUUACAAGCCUCUCAUGUCGGCCGACAGUCGUGACUCUGAGUCUGUUGAAGACUUUGGCGACUGCCACGCCGGCGAGAAGAGUAUUGCGCAGCGCUUCCGCUGGAUAGAAUGGAACCAACGAGCUCCGUCACGGAUUACUGGUUUACUUGAGAGCUCCCUCAUUCCUCUAAGUAUACUGGUUCUCAGCAUGGCUUUCGGUUUCGUAUUUUCUUUCUUGCGAGCUCCGACUGAUCAGGAUUGUGCUCGUCAACUGUCUAUGUGGUCUCCUGCACUUGAGGCCGUUGAAUAUGUCCAAAUGGAUUUCAAUGACGCCUUUAACUCAACAAGCAUUUAUCGUGGGCUUCCAACUCCAGAGAGAGAGCAAGCCUGGUUUGACCUCACGUAUAAGCAUGCGGUCGAAAUCCCGCCUGAAAGGCUUGCAGGUCUGAACCGAUCUGAAGAAGAUCACCUGAAGCAUGUGCCUGAAGAUGUAGGCGACGGUUAUGUCGCACUGCUUGAGGUCUUCCAUCAACUCCAUUGCCUGAACAUGAUACGGGUGUAUACCUGGUGGCAGGUGGGCAAGUAUGACAAGAUCCCAGUUGGGCUGUCGAACGACCCCCUAAAGAACCGCAUACAUGUUGAUCACUGCCUGGAAGCCCUGCGCAUCUCACUCAUGUGCUUCGCCGACGUCACCCCCCUCAUGGUUCGCAUAGGCGGACCGGCGGGUGCGCGUGCGGACUUCAACACGCACCACAAGUGUCGCAAUUUUGAUAAGAUUUCAGACUGGAUUGAUGAAAACUGGACCGUUAGAUAG